CGUGGCUGCAAUCCCGGCAGCCGGGAUGGCGGCACCUCAGUCGUGCGCGGAUGGCUCCUGCUGCUCUCACCCUGGUGCGGUGCCCGGGGUACAGCAGACACUGGAGGAGAUGGACUUCGAGAGGGGAAUCUGGUCGGCCGCCCUGAAUGGAGACCUGGGCCGAGUGAAGCAUUUCAUCCAGAAGGCCACAGACCCUAGCCAGCCAGACUCUGCUGGCUACACUGCACUGCACUAUGCUAGCCGCAAUGGGCACUAUGCCGUUUGCCAGUUUCUGCUAGAAAAUGGAGCAAAGUGUGAUGCCCGGACCAACGGGGGCGCCACGGCUUUGCACCGGGCCAGCUACUGUGGGCACACGGAAAUCGCACAGCUGCUGCUUUCCCAUGGGUCCAACCCCCAGCUGGUGGACGAUGACGGCAUGACCAGUCUACAUAAGGUAUGUCUCUCUCUCCCUCUCUCUCCCUCCCCCAGGCUGCUGAGAAGGGUCAUGAGGACAUUUGCUCCCUCCUGUUACAACAUAGCCCAGCCCUGAAGACUGUCCGGGAUCGCAAAGCACGCCUAGCAUGUGACCUGCUGCCCUGCAACAGUGGCCUGCGGGACCUGCUGGCCAGCUGAGGCUCCUCCUCCUGUGUCUGGCUGCCCUUGAAGGGUGCACAGACUAGCUCUCCCCGCCCCCAACUUGCACCAACUGCAUCGUGCUGCCGGGACCAGGGCCGGAAUGCCCUGAAGAGCCCGGUCUGGCCAGUGUGGCAGCCGGUAGGGGAAGACUUGGGAGCCUAGACAGGCGAUCAUAUAAGCGAAUCCAUGUAGAGAUACAUAGCCAUUUGGAAGAAAAUAAAGCUCAUCUCUUGAUGUCAUUCCACGGACAAAGAUGAAUUUCAAAAUGCAGCAUUCGGAAGCUAAAAACACAAAACUUUGAAGUAUUAGAGAAAACACGGGGCUGGAGAGAUGGCUCAGUGGUUUAGAGCACUGACUGCCCUUCCAGAGGUCCUGAGUUCAAAUCCCAGCAACCACAUGGUGGCUCACAACCAUCUGUAAAUCUGAUGCCCCCUUCCGGUGUGCAUGAAGACAGCUACAGUGUACUUAUACAUAAUAAAUAAAUCUUGGG